GCUGUAUAACAGCAGAUUUGGCCACGUCUUUCCUCAGAUUUCUUCGGCCCCAUUCUCUCUCUCUCUCUCCUGCGUUUAUGGGAGGAAUCUGGGACCCAAAACAGGCGAUGGGACGGGUGAGUUAAGCGCCUGUUCCUGGAGGAAGAAACGUCUCUGAACUCCAGUCACGUUUGAUGGAGCCAGAAGCAUGCGCACAAGCUGAGCGUGGAGCUGUCCAAGUGCUGAAAUUUAUAGUCCGUGUUUAAGAUCAGGGCUCCUUCCCUCAUUCCGGCACAGGAGGGAGCGUAGCAUUUUCCCUCCAGCGCCACACCAAUCACCCCUUCUCGAUAUUUACAACUUGCCGAUAAGGAAGAGGGAGGGAAGGAGAGAGGCAAACAGCUUCUUCCCCCAUUUUUUAACGACGAUUCAGACAAAUGCCGAUGUGCAAGCCCAAGGGAAAUAAGAGCAGAUCUGGAAGACAGACCAGCGUGGCAGCAGCGCUAUUCCCCUUGGCAUGGUGCUAAGGUAGAGAAGGAUUUGAUUUUUCUGAGCGGGGUUCAGGAUUUGGGUGAAAGCAUCCUAGAGAACUGCCCGUUCAGAUGCUUCGUAUCUUUUGUGCUGGCUGUUUCGGAUGUGCCUGGGCUUAACCUAACCAUGAUUCCGAGGACUGGUACUUUUGAUUUUUUGCCAUCUCCAAUGUAUAGAAACGCAGGUCUUCUCUUUCUGAUUUUAAAGAAAUUUAAAUUAUUGUUGGAUUUGGGGAUUUAGAGAAGACAUAGUACUUUCUGAAAGCCUCCCUCCCCUUUGAUUGACUCUGGAACCGUUUCUGGGAUAUUUUUCCACACUCAACGCAGAAAACAGGAGGAAUGAACCGACAGCUAGUGAACAUUUUGACAGCCUUGUUUGCCUUUUUCUUAGAAACACACCACUUCAGGACAACUUUCUGUAAAGAACAUGAUUCCAGAUCUGGGAAAACCCCUUCACAGGCACUGUCUCCUUCGGAUUUCUUGGACAAACUGAUGGGACGGACAUCAGGUUAUGAUGCACGAAUAAGGCCAAAUUUCAAAGGUCCUCCAGUAAACGUUACUUGCAAUAUUUUUAUCAACAGUUUUGGAUCAGUCACAGAAACCACCAUGGACUACAGAGUGAACAUUUUUUUGAGGCAGCAGUGGAACGACUCCCGUCUUGCUUACAGUGAAUACCCUGAUGACUCUUUGGAUUUGGAUCCAUCUAUGCUAGACUCCAUUUGGAAGCCGGAUUUGUUCUUCGCCAAUGAGAAGGGUGCAAACUUCCAUGACGUUACCACAGACAACAAGCUUCUGAGGAUAUCAAAAAAUGGAAAGGUGUUAUAUAGUAUCAGGCUAACAUUAACCUUAUCGUGUCCCAUGGACCUGAAGAACUUUCCAAUGGAUGUACAAACAUGUACGAUGCAGCUAGAGAGCUUUGGCUACACUAUGAAUGACCUGAUAUUUGAGUGGAUGAGUGAUGGUCCAGUGCAGGUAGCAGAAGGCUUAACUCUGCCACAGUUUAUUUUGAAAGAAGAAAAAGAACUUGGCUAUUGCACAAAACAUUACAAUACUGGAAAAUUUACAUGCAUUGAAGUAAAGUUUCAUUUGGAGCGUCAGAUGGGAUAUUAUUUAAUCCAGAUGUACAUUCCUAGCCUGCUGAUCGUCAUUUUGUCCUGGGUUUCUUUUUGGAUCAACAUGGAUGCUGCUCCAGCCAGAGUUGCCUUGGGCAUCACCACAGUCCUGACAAUGACCACUCAGAGUUCAGGCUCCAGAGCUUCUCUUCCAAAAGUUUCUUAUGUAAAAGCUAUUGACAUCUGGAGGGCUGGUAUGUCUUCUCUUUGUGUUUGCUGCCUUGCUCGAUACGCAGCAGUGAAUUUUGUGUCAAGGCAACAUAAGGAAUUUCUCAGGCUUCGGAGAAGGCAGAGGAGGCAAAACAAGGAUGAAGAUGCUGCUCGCGACAGCCGGUUCAACUUUGGCGGCUAUGGGAUGGGUCACUGCCUCCAGGUGAAAGAUGGCGCUGCCAUCAAAGCCACGCCUCCCAACCCGCCCCUGCCCCCACCCCCACCGCCAAAGGAUUCCGAUUCCAUCAAAAAGAGGUUUGUGGACCGUGCCAAAAGGAUCGACACCAUAUCCCGAGCGGCGUUCCCGCUGGCCUUUCUCAUCUUUAAUAUAUUUUACUGGAUUACGUACAAAAUUAUACGCCACGAGGAUAUACACAAAAAUUAGAAACGUUUCUGUCUGAGCUGGGACUUUCUAGCCAAAGUGACUCUCUUGUAAAUAAAGAGUGAAAUGUCUUUCCUGUCAUUGACUGAGGGUUUUGUUUUCUGUGGUACUAAAGAAAGGGCGGGGUUAGAAGAAGAAAAACAGAAAGGAAAGUUUCGAUAACAAUUGCACAAAAUGAGAUACUGUGGGAUCACCAAACGAGGAUUUGCCCUGGUUUCCUCCUCUUGCUACGUGGUUCUUCCAGACUCUUGCCAAGAUCAAGCAAACCUAAAUGGGGCCAUUUUCCCUCUCUCCAACCCCCCCCCCCCCGUGUCUCUAAGCUGUAUUUAAGAAAUACUUUAAAGCAUCUACCAUGGGACUGUCUGUAAUGGCUGCACUGCAAUGAGUUUAAAGAGGACCAAACUUUUUUCAGGAUAAUGCUGCCUUUCUAUAUAAAACAAGUCUAAGCUACAUUCCAUUAAUGUCUGUAGUUAAUGAUUUGCCCAGAAGUCCCUUUGUGGAUUGUAAAUUAUUUCUACUAACAGGGCAUGGGGGGUGUCAAGGGGGACGAUUUAUACUUUAAUAUCCUUGUGGGUGUGCAUUUUAAUAUUCCUGCUUUCCUAGAACUGUAGUUUUUGAGGUCCAACUUGUGUAGGGUGUGGUUAAUUUAAUAGUGUCCACUUGUAGAAACAACCUGAGAAAUGGCUGGUUUUAUCUUGGUUCUAAGACAGUGCACUUAUUUCGUUUCAUUUCAUAUUUUGCCUGAUUAUUACUAUAUAUUUUUUUUAUUGAUGACAUUCAGCAUAAGGUGCCAAAACUGUAAUUUGACCUAUUGUAUUUCCCUGUAUUGCACUGUUGAUUAAGAACUUGUUCCCUGACCUAGCUCAGUUUAGCAUUGACUUUCUAUUGCUGCUCUCAUUGUAGCUGCGAGUUGAUAGCUCAGUAGGUAAACAUGACUCGUUUACAGACCUCUAAUUUAUAUCUUUACUAUAAAAAAGAAAAAAAGAAAGAAAGAAAAAAGUGGCUAUCAUUUUAAAUAUCAUUGACUUAUCUGAAGAAUUUUAAAAACUGUACUGUGAUUUUCAUAACCUGUUAACCUUUUGGUGCCAGAGCUAUGUGGUCCAAAUCCUUGCUAUGUGUUCUAAAGUAGAAAUAAAAAAGUAAAUGAAAACCAAACAAAAAAAGGAGGUAUUU